AUGCCGAUAGAUGGGACGGCAACAAAUGGGAAUUCAGAUACAGAGCUCCAGAACAUGGCUCUGAGGGAGGAAGCAGACCAUUCCGGUCCACACGCGCCCCUCCUCGCCCCGACCGAAGCCUUCCCAGACUACGACCACGAGGCCGAUGACGGGGUUCCCGCAUCCGAGCUCCAAUACUCGGGAGGGUGGUUUAUAUGGAGCUUAACGUUCUCCGCCGGUAUCAGUGGCUUGUUGUUUGGUUAUGACACCGGCGUCAUCUCUUCCACACUCGUGACCAUCGGCUCUGACCUCUCCAAUCGACCACUUACAACCCUCGACGAGAGCUUGAUCACAUCAUGCACCAGUCUUUUCGCUCUAAUAGCCAGUCCCUUUACGGGUAUUCUGGCGGAUAAAUGGGGUCGUCGACGGGUUAUACUUAUUGCGGAUAUCUUGUUUGCACUUGGGGCGUUGAUACAGGCUUCAAGUAGCCAGGUAUGGGGAAUGAUUGUGGGCCGCAGUAUCGUUGGUCUUGCGGUUGGUAGCGCAAGCGCAGUAACUCCAUUGUAUAUAUCGGAGGUGGCACCUUCACAUAUCAGAGGACGGCUGGUCACGAUAUUGAGUCUCUUGAUCACUGGUGGUCAAGUCGUUGCAUACGUUGUCGGAUGGCUUUUCUCCCGAACUGCUGGAGGCUGGCGCUGGAUCGUCGGUCUUGGAGCGGCACCCGCCUUUUUGCAAUUUGCAGUACUCGUGCUAUUACCGGAAACCCCUCGCUGGCUUGUACAAGCCGGUCUUGACAACCGUGCAGUGGAUGUUCUGACACGGAUUUAUCAAGAUUGUCCGGGUCGUGACCGGGUUGUUCGCCGAGUCAUGCGUGAUAUCAAAGGGGAGAUUGCAGAAGAGGAAUUGGAAAUGGGACCCAACAAGGACCCAGGCACUAAGCCACAAUGGCUCCACGAUGCAUCCCAACGGGCCCAGGAUCUCUUCCACAAUGGUGGGAAUCGUCGAGCCUUGACCAUCGCCAUGAUGCUUCAAGCACUCCAACAGCUCUGUGGGUUCAACAGCCUCAUGUAUUUCUCUGGAAUAAUUUUCACAGCGCUUGCUUUCUCGUCACCGACAUUGACGUCGCUGACCGUGGCCGGGACCAACUUCCUUUUCACGUUGGUGGCAUUCGGCCUGAUUGAUAAGAUUGGACGCCGGCGCAUUCUACUUUAUUCAAUACCAGUGAUGAUCAUCGCAUUAGUGCUGUGCGCUUUUGCAUUCUCUUCUCUGGAUGUAUCCUGGGAUUCGCAGCCGCCACCCCAGGGUCAAGACUCGCCGGAUAGUCCAGGAGCAGUGUAUCCCCUGGUCAUCCUGCUUUGUUUGACCAUCUACACUGCGGCAUAUGCAUUCGGACUCGGAAACGUGCCUUGGCAGCAAUCAGAACUAUUUCCUUUGAAUGUCCGAUCCCUCGGGUCAGGAUUGGCGACUGCCACUAAUUGGGGAUCCAAUUUUGUCGUUGGACUCACGUUUCUCCCCAUGAUGAAGUGGAUGUCCCCUACUUGGACGUUUGCCGUCUACGCGCUCGUCUGUGCCGUGGGAUGGUUUGUAAUCCUCCAGCACGUGGCCAGCUUCCUCUGCACAGACCAAGACCUGAGGAACCUCAACCUGGUCUGCAGAGAGAUGAGAGACAGGGUCCUGGCUCCUGAGUCGAUGGUCUGGAGGGCUCGCUUUGACGAUGAGUACGAUCUCCCAGUGGGACGAACCAACGCAGAGCUCAAGGCCGAGUACCAAACUCGGGCUAUCGUCCUUCCCCAGACUAUCGACUUCAGACAGGAGGCCAGUGAGCACCAGAAGCUCUGGCUUGAGGUCCUGCAGCAGAUGGUCCUUGAGUCUCUCACUCUGCCGUUGAAGUCUGAUACGUCCAAGACGUACAAGCGGAUUCGGGAAACUCUUACGGACAGUGACCUCUUGGAGCAUCCAUGGAGAGAGAAUCCAUCGGAGCUCUUGUGCACAGUUCAACUGUCUCUCACUGCCUUGGCCCUCACACUUGAUCCCGCGGAUGAAUCCACACCAGCUAUCAAGAACAAAUGCACACGGUCAGAAUACGACAUUGCAAGUGUAUAUUCGCACGGAAAGAAACCCGACGGGCCAUUCAUUAAUCAUGAGAAGCUGGACCUGGCCACCUUGUUGCACAUGCGGAGCUUUUGGCAGCGUCACCUCUUGAACAAAGCUGAGCAGACUUACAAUGAGUCCUUUGCUAAGCUCCCUGAGGAAUCGAGACCCCAGGCGCGCAAGUCCAGUACUGACCAGGAAGCAGGCCUGAGUGUUUCAUGGCUUGGGUACUAUUCAUGCCUCCAUCCCAUGCCAGCCUCACGCAAGGACUUCGAAGACCAGGAGACCUGCGCCGACCUCCGGGGAGAUCAUCUCAGCCAAGUCGAAGUCAUGACCUUGAACAUCCACAUCAAACCAAACGAACCCUUCUGGCCGGACCACUGCAACCGCAUCAUCCCCCUACGCGGCGGCGACGAAACACCCCGUACAUACUUCCGCGGCACACAGUCCACCCUCAACGGCGACCCUGCCGAGAAUCCGGUCUUCGGAUUCUGUGAAGCAAUCGCCCAUCCUUACGGCGGGUUCCCAGGAUGGACGCGCAUUUGCUUCGCAAUCUGCGAAGAGCCGGACAGCAGUGACGAUGAAGAUGAGAUGAUGGACAUUGAUGAUGAUUCGGAUGGGAAUUAUCACUGGGUUCAUGGAUAUGAGGGUGUAAUCUUGCCUGGAGGGCGGAUUAUGUUGGGACGGUGGAUGGAUUUGAAGAAUAUGGACGCUAGUGGACGGGGUCCUUUUAUUUUUUGGGAUUUAUGA